AUGAUGUCCAAGCGCAUUUUGCCCGUGGCUUUGUUGGUGCUGGCCCUCCGUCAGCUCACGACCUUUGUGCCAUCCCCAAGCAACGUGCCACGUGUGCAGCCGCAGAUGCGACAGGCAGAGGUGGCCCUGGUCUCCACAGGCCUCGCGAUGACCAACGCCCAAGCGGCGCUGGCCACGUGGGGCGAGGGCAGCGAACCGGGGCAGAACAUCGACCCGGACUCCACGGAGUACUACAACCGCAAAGUCUUGAACGCCACAGCCAUUUGCCUCACCUUCGCCGUGUUUUUGUUCGGUUUGGUCGUGAGCCAGGCCCGAAAACUCGUGGAGAACAAGUCAACCGCGGACGUCCAGCUUUUUGAUCAAUGCGCACACCACGGUGAGAUUACGAUCGUGGACGAUGAUGGCACGCCCAAAAAGCCCACCACGACAGAGCCAUUGAGCUACAGUUUGGCCGAGAAAUUCGCCAUCGUUGGGGUUCUGGAGACCAUUACCAUUGGUUCCUUGCUGGUCUUCGUGAGACGGAGCAAGUUUCUUCAGCGAAAGGAUCUGACUCCGAGGCAAGUGAACGCCACCCUCUUCGGAGCCUUCUUGUUGGCACCGGUGUUUAUUCUCAUCCAGAAAGCAUACUACGACACUCUCAUUGAGUUCCGCGGGUUGAAACCCGAGCAACACAGCAUUGGGAGCUAUUUGAACCUGUCCUUGCUGUCUCCCACGAAGUUUCACUGGGACUAUGAGCAACACACCAAUCCUGACGCGAAAGUGAACCCAACGCUCCAUGACUCGUGGAAAUGGCACGAUGAUGAGUAG